GCAGAGGGGGGUGGUCACCAUGCACAGCUCCCGCGGUCUCCUGGCGCUCCUGCCGCCGCUGCUCUUCCUGGUGGCCACCACCGGCCCCGCCAGAGCCCUCAGUGACGACGAGAGACGUGUGAUGGUGGAGCUGCACAACUUCUACCGUGCCCAGGUGUCCCCAUCGGCCGCCAACAUGCUGCAAAUGCGGUGGGACGAGGAGCUGGCGGCCUUCGCCAAGGCCUACGCUCAGCAGUGCGUGUGGGGCCACAACAAGGAGCGCGGGCGGCGCGGGGAGAACCUGUUCGCCAUCACGGACGAGGGCGUGGACGUGCCGCUGGCGGUGGAGGAGUGGCACCUGGAGCGCGAGCACUACAACCUCAGCGCCGCCACCUGCGACCCGGGCCAGAUGUGCGGCCACUACACGCAGGUGGUCUGGGCCAAGACAGAGAAGAUUGGCUGUGGCUCCCACUUCUGUGAGAAGCUCCAGGGCGUUGAGGAGACCAAUAUCCAUUUACUGGUUUGCAACUAUGAGCCCCCGGGGAACGUGAAGGGGCAGAGGCCCUACCAGGAGGGGACUCCGUGUUCUCAGUGUCCCUCCGGCUACCAAUGCGAGAACUCUCUCUGCGAACCCAUCAAAGGCCCAGAGGAGGCUCCGGAGUUGCCACACCUGGUAACCGAGACCCCGUCUUCCCUGGCGACUGAAGCCUCAGGCUCUAGGAAAGAGGGUGUCUCUUCUUCCCUAACAACAGAAAUUCUAUCCUUCAUGAUGGUCACAGAGGUCUCAGACUUCCUGGCAACCAAGGCUCUACCCGAUGUAGAGUCCAAGGCCCCAUCUGCCUUAGCAACGGAAGGCCCCCCCUCCGUGGCAACCGAGACUCCACUUUCAUUAACAACUGAGGUACCUUUGUAUUUGCAAACUUACAGUCUGUUCUUGGAUGAGGAGCCAACUACCUCCCCCAAAUCCACCCAUGAUCCCAUCCUAAAAUCGGGAGACAGAGAGGCCAGCAAGACAAGCAUGCCCUCCAGGAGCCCAGAGAUUUCUCCGCACCUCAAGGUGUCCCUAACAGGGAAUCAAGAGCCGCUGCCCCACUCCCAGGAGGAGGGUGAGGCUGAGGCCAAGUUGCCUUCUUCCAGUAAGGUCUUGGCCUCAGUUUUUCCAGCCCAGGAUGAGCCAGGUGAGCUGCAGCCCACACUGGACCGUAUGGGGCACACCUUCCCCGCGUCCCUGCCCAAUCUUCCCAGUACACCCGCCACCGCUAAAGCCAUGGGUGGACGAACACUGGCCCGGCAGUUGUCCUUGCAAGGUGCAGAGGCCCUUGAAAAGCCUGAAAUCCAUUCAGGGCUGAGCUCGGGCCCUGGUCACAUUGGGGGCCCUCUCCUGUGUCUGCUGCUACUGCCUUCCCUGGUGUUGGCUGGAAUCUUCUGAAGGGGUCACCGUUCAAAGGCAAGGCCUGGUGGGGGGACCCUGGCCUCAUGCCCACUCUGGAUUGUCUUUUUCCAAGUGAGAGGUCACAGCUUCCUGGGCAGGUCCUGUUCUGUGGCCCAGCAGCCCCCUUCCCCCCAGCUUCUGGCCAGACUCCAGGCCUGUGCCAAUCGCUGGCACUGUCCCAGAAGUACCUCUGCUUCUGGGCUGGUCCACCCCUCAGCGACUGCAGACUGAGUAGUGAUCCUGUGGCCGUGCUCCUGUUCUUUUAGGGACAGAAUAUCUCAGGGCUUCCCAGGAGCCCCUCGGCAUCUCCCAGUCUCCUGGCAUCUUGAGGCAUCUGAGUCCCAGGCUGUUCCCGGGUGUGCCUCCUGCCUUCCCAGGGUGAGGGUUAGCUGUCCUUCUGCCAUCUCCCCAACCCUGUCUCUGGCCUCCCAGAUUAGACGCUUCUUGGGCUGAAGGCCCUGGAAGGAAAAGGCUGCAGGGCAUAUGUCUUUCCCAGACAUCUUGGUCUGGGUGGCCAGCUCAGGUUGCCACCGGUUGACUGCAUAUUUGGCCCGGACCUCUCCUGCCCCUCCUAUGGCAGUUCGGGGUGGGGGAUUCUGGGGAGAUCCCUGCUGCCUGGCCUGGGGCCAGCUGCCUAUGCAAGGUAGAGGGUUCUCCCUGAGUGACCUUCCUCUCCCUACUCACUGUGUAACUGGCAGGGCUGGGGUGGGUGUGAGGGGCAGACGGACAAGCCCCACCUGGUGGGGUUCUAGGGGUGGGGCAGGCAGAGACCAGGGGAGGGAAGCAGCUCCCUGACUCCUGAAUAAGCGCCUGUGUAAGAGUACCCAGUCUCCAUGAUUGCGAGGGGUGGGCAGCCCUGAUGAAGCUCGACACUUCCCCCACCAACCUGUGGCACCUGUUCCUUCUCUCACACCCCUCCGUCCUCAAAUACUUCAUUUAGUUCUUUGGGGGCCCUUCCUUCCAUUCAUAUAACACCCCCCCCAAAAUCUUCAGGUUGCUGACAGGGAGGGUAAAGGGCCAAGGAAGGGCCAAGGGUGCUGGGCUGACUCUCUCAGCUCAGGAGUCACCAGUGGGGCCUAGUUGGGUUUGGUGCCCAGGCUCAAGGAGUGGCAUGCAACCUCUUCACUGGGGUGCUGCUACCCAGGCCCACCUGGGACACAGUGUCAGAUAUGUAGCUCAUGCCAACCCUUAGAGAUUGGAGGAGUCCUGAGAAAGGUUCUGGAGUCCCAGACAGCACAACGGAAUUGUCCAGAAGCGGUGUGUGUGUGCGUGUGUGUGGUCAGCAGUAGUAAACAACUGAGGGCAACUUGGGACCAAGCUGAGGUUGGUGAGGGGCGGAGCAACUGUCUCCAGGCCAAAGUCAGGCCAGGGAUGUGUGCCUUCCAUAUAUGUAUAAUAUGAUAUAAUGUAUCUCUAUUAAGAUAUGUCACAUAAUAUAAAAUUACACAUUUAAAUUGUACCACUCAAUGGUUUUAAGUGUGCAGCCAUCACCAUGGCAAAUUAUAAAACAUUUUCGUCACCCUGACAAGAAACCCAAUAUCCAUUAUGAGUCACUUCCCUUUUCCCUCCAACUACCCCCAACCCUAAACCACCACUGAACUAUUGUCUCUUCUGGGCAUUUUGUAUAAAUAAAGUCACAAUAUGUGGCUUUUUGUGUCUGACUUUUUUCACUUAGCAUACUGUUUUCAAGGUUCAUCCAUGUUG